CCUCCUCCUCCGCCUCCUCCUCCUUCCUCCUUCCUCGAGGGGUGUGUCUCUGUAUCUUGGCAUGCCCACUGCUCGCGAUGGCUGUGCCGGGCGGCUCCUCUGCCGCCAUGAGGACAGCCUCGCCGGUGACGGCCUUGCCGCCCCUGGGGGGCGCUCGGCUUCUCCCCUUGGGGGCGCUCCCCACUGUGAGGGCGCCGGUGGCACCGAGCGCGGCGGCUCCCGCCGAGCAGCGGUCGGUGGCCAUCGCCGACGCGGCCGCCCUGCGCUUGCCGUACGGCCGUGCAGUCCUGGCCGUGGAGGCGCCGCCGUCGCAGCCGAUGCCGGCGAGCAAGACCUCUGGCCUUCUUGGCGGGGCGCCCAGACGUGAUCCGAGCAGGCCGAGUCCAGCGUCGCCGGGGCGCGCUGCAGUCGGAGGCGGCGGCCGAGGCGGAGGCCCCGAGCCGCGCGGCCUUGCCCUCGAGGCCGGCGACCUGCUGCUGACGGCCGGCAGUGGGCACCGGCUGCUGACCGUCGGCCAAGCCGGGGGUCUGCUAGGCCACGUCAGCCUGGCGCUCGGGCGGCCGACGGAGAUCCACUGCGACUCCCCCGAGGGGCGCGAGCUGCGGCCCAUCCUCACGCGGGUCGGGGACCCUUCCGUUCUGUGGCAGGUGGAGACCAUGGAGUGCACGCAGAGCGAGCAGGGCCUUCACCGCUCGUUCACCCUGAUGCACGUGGACGAGGCGACGGGCAAGGUCUAUGUCAUCGGCGAGCGGAGCAUGGACGGCCAGAGGGCCUUCUCGCUCGCUGGUGAGCCAGUGCCGGUGGAGCUCUGGCGCUGCCCAGCGGAGCUUCGGUCACUAGUGCGCGGGGAGCUGGUGGACGAGGUGGUCUCCGAGAUGGAGGAGGAUGAGGAUCGGAACUGGAGCCUGGCCACCGCGAUGAAGGCGGUGUUCCUGUCGGCGUCCGGAUUCUCCACCACCGAUAAGGAGCUCCUGCUGGAGGAGAUUAAGGGCUGUUGGGGCUCCAGGCCCAUCUGCACAACUGUUGCAAUCGCCUUCUGGCAGCGCUAUUUGUGUAAGCUGGAGGGUGCCAACGCCGAGAUGGCGGCCGCCGAGGCCAUCUUGAGGUGGAUGCCGCUGAAGGCCGACCGGGGACUGCCGCAGGAGCUGCGCGACGUGAUGGCAGACUGCGGCUGGCAGCUGCUGUGCCUGUCGCCGAGGUCUGACGCGCGCUGCCCGCGCCCAUCAAGGCCAUCGUGCGAGCAGAGGGCGCGCGUCAGGACGUGCGUGGUGAGCUCCGGACGUGUGAUGACGUGUUGAGGCAGCUCACUAUUCCCGCGCGCGGCGGGGCCAUCUUUCUUUUCGUCGGCGAUCCCAUCGGAUUGGCAGCACCGCGUCCGUCCAAACGGACUGUCAGCGCCCCAUGGCCCUCUUGAUCAAUGCCCGAUCCCCUCUCUACUCGUGGCAGGAGCGGAGGAGGACAACCAUCAUGUUCUGGAGCAGUAGGGAACGCCAUGAUAAGCAUGAUGAUGCAUUGAACCCUGCCUGGCUGUCCAGUAGCGCAGAUGUCAUGGCGAAGCGGAUUGGUCUCUGAAGGGAAUUUCACAUUGCUCGAAACAUCUCAUGUUUGCAGCUGUUCGACUGUUGACAGCUGCGCGAAACUUAGUUCCCAGCUGCUCCUCCGAGCCUUUGCCAUGCACCUCGCGACUUGCUUCAUCCACACGAGUACACCUGCAGGUGUUCCACCGCACUUUGCGUAUGCAUGAAGAGUCAUAUGCUCUCAGGCGUAAUUGUAAGGUUGUGGCAUGGCCGUGUCGAUUGAAAAUGUUCGCGAAUCCUCGAGUAAGUCACGCACGAGUGGCGAAACUACCACAGUGGACCAAGAGGUCAGAUCUUGAUUAACCUGGUGGACUUUCAAGUGCGGCAGUUGAGACAUUUCAUGCCAUGGCGAGGGUGUAUCGAAAUUGGCGCUCGAGCCGCAAACCGCUCACGCCGCUGCAUGUAAUUCAUGCCGCAGACAAUGCCAGUUUUCUGAAAGUCUGUCUGGUAAGUUACGUCUUGCGGAGGUAGAGCAAGUCUUGCCUGGCUCUGCUGCACGUGUAUGCAUGUUGUGAUUGUAUGGGAUUGUUUGAACACGUUUGCUCUGCGUUGUCUCCUGGGAGCGUCAGUUCUGCAUGUCUCCCCGGAGACUCCCUGCAGCCGCGUUUGAUGCGCAGGGCGCUGUGACGGUGCGGUUGCCAUGCGCGAGUGCGGAUGAGCGCCCAGAAGGCGGGCCGCACGUGUGCGUUGCCUUUCGGUAUCUAGGAGGAGGAGGAGGAG